GAAAGCAAAAUUCUCAUAUGUUUCGAAAUAUGUCAGAAUAGUUUGCCGAUAAAAUAUAUUUGGUUUGUAAAAUGUGCUAGUUUUGUAAUACUAAGAAUGCAGUAGUAAAAUUCUCAAUGAUUCUUUGAUAAAUACACGGCAGCAGUCAACUCGUACAGUAACAUCCUGGCUGAGGUUGUUCAAAAAAGAACUUUUGGACCAUUUUAAAUGGCGACAGCGCCAAAGCGAAAGGGUGACCCAGUGGCUGCUAGCUCAUCGCAAGAUCUAGUAACAGAUCAGGCCUCAGGUCGUCGCCAAGAGCAGAAAGUCUACACCUUUAAUAACGAUAGGCCUGCACCGGCCAAACCUGUGCCAUCGCAGGUGAAAGAGGACAAGGCUAAGCCACAGAAAACGAUACUCGAGGAGCAUGGCAUCAUACUGGGCAAGGUGAUUGGCACUGGCAACUAUGCAAAGGUUAAGAUUGGAUUCUCCGAGGAAUACGGCAAACGUGUUGCCGUCAAGAUUAUCUCGAAGGUGAAGGCACCAACUGAAUACACGCAAAAAUUUCUGCCACGCGAAAUCGAGGCAGUUAAGGGAUUGCAUCAUGAGAAUCUAAUCACCUUCUAUCAGAGCAUUGAGACAAGUCACAGAGUUUAUUUAAUCAUGCAACUGGCGGAAAAUGGCACGUUGCUGGAUUAUGUAAGAGAGAAGAAAUUUCUAGAUGAGCCACAGUCUCGCACACUCUUCCGACAGUUGAUCAGUGCCAUUGAGUAUAUUCACAGCAAGGGCGUUGUACAUCGCGAUAUCAAGUGUGAGAAUCUGCUCUUGGAUGAGAACUGGAAUAUCAAACUAAUCGACUUUGGAUUCGCACGCAAAGAUACACGUACCGCUGAAAACCAAGUGGUACUCUCGAAAACCUUUUGCGGCAGUUAUGCUUACGCCAGUCCCGAAAUAUUGAAAGGCAUUGCUUACGAUCCAUUCAUGUCAGAUAUUUGGGCCUGUGGUGUGGUAUGCUAUGCAAUGGUCUUCGGUCGUCUUCCCUACGAUGGCUCCAAUGUGCACAUUCUGCUCAAGCGUAUCAACCAAUCGCUGGUGUUCCCCAAAAACCCGAUGGCCACAAGUGAAUGCAAGCACAUGAUAAUGCAUAUAUUGGCGCCCGUUAAAAUGCGCUACAAUAUACCCCAAAUCAAGGACGAUCCGUGGUUCACAAAUAAAUAGCCUUAGCUCAGUUCAGUUAUUUGCCGUUGACGUAUCUAAAGCGAAACAAAUUUUUAAGUUAAAUAAAUUGCUCAAUUGAGCCAGUAAAAG